AUGCUCAAAUCCGUAUACUUAUUGAUGAGCGUAGAAAUAGAAAUGACGAAUAUUCAUAAUCUUGGAAGAAAUCGAAUCAGAUUUUGGGAUAGCAUUGCUACCAGGGUUAAUCAAGAGCAUAACACCACGAGCUUCAAUGGGCAUCAAUGUAAAGAAAAAUUUAUGAAUCUUUUGAUGUGUGAUUAUAUGUCAGGGAAUCGAAGAGCACGAAGAAGCCGAACGGGUGCACAAUAUUUUAAUGAAUUUCGUACGCAUUUUUGGGAGAGGCCUGAAGAUGAUUUCGAUAGAAUCCGCAACAUUAAUAGUUCUAAUCGUAAACAACGUAGAAUUGGGGGAAAUAAUACACCCGCACCAUCUACUAGGGAAGUUGAACAGGAAUUGGGUCGAACAUCGCCAGGUAAUCGAAGAAGUCGAAGAACUUCCGUUGAUAGUCGAAGAAGUCUUAGACGGUCAGCAUCUCCACCUCCACCCCGCGAUGCAAUAAACACUAAUACAAACAAUUCUGGUGUGGAAAAUCCUGAGCAAAAUACUGAUCACGCUGGCUCCGUCGAAACGUCAUCUCUUCAGCCGCCACCACCUUACUCACGGAGCGAGGAUGCUGUCACAUCUGGGGCCACAGAUGAAGCGCAAAAUAAUGUGAAUAGAAAUUCAAGCCAUAACGUAGAUUAUACAGGUGGAAAUUUAGAUGAUUUAACAGAUUUUACCUCAACCCUUAAUAUAACCGCGUCACAAAAUGAUAGUGAUGUUAAUAUGGCUGAUAUAGGAGGUAGUCAACCAUCGGAACCUAUAAAUGAGUAA